GCAAGAAGAGCGAGGACACACUGUGACCUGGACCUGGUCCUUGUUGGAUGAGAGGAGUGUGAAGCGGUGAAAACUUACUGCCAAAAGAUGUCUCACCAAACUGGAAUUAUUGCAACAUCUGAGCUGAAAGAUUUUUUGGCCCGAGCGAGGGGAGGUGCCAUCAGAAUCCUGAAGAUUAUUAUCAGAAACGAGGAAUUGGUGCUACAUUCAUACAAAGAGCCAGCCCGGAGCUGGGACAAGGAUUAUGACCAGUUCCUGCUUCCUUUGCUCACGCCUCUGGAGCCUUGCUACAUCCUCUACCGCCUGGACUCCAAGAACGCACAGGGUUAUGAGUGGAUCUUCAUCGCAUGGUCACCUGACCAAUCACCAGUGAGGCAGAAGAUGGUGUAUGCAGCGACUCGUGCCACACUGAAGAAAGAGUUUGGAGGAGGUCACAUCAAAGACGAAGUAUUUGGGACGGUGGAGGAAGACGUGUGUUUCCAGGGAUACCUUCGCCACAGGUCCUCCUGCUCCUCCCCAGCUCCUCUCACAGCAGCUGAGCAGGAGUUACAACGAAUUAAAAUCACAGAGGAUAAAGUUGUGUGGGAUGAACGCAGACGAACUGGGACUCCGACAGCGAGAGCAAGGGUAACAAUGGAGUUUGGCUUGGACAAACGGGCACAGACUCUUCAGGGUCUUGCGUUUCCUUUACAAGAAGAGGCCAAACGAGCUCUGCAGCAACUCAAGCAUAAACGCAUCAACUACAUCCAGCUGAGGCUGGAUGUAGACAGAGAGACCAUCGAGCUGGUUCACACUAAACCUACAGAAAUCCACGAACUUCCCUACAGGAUUCCCACAGAUUCACCUAGAUACCACUUUUUCAUCUUCAAACAUUCCCAUCAGGGCCAGCAGGAGGAAGCUCUGGUGUUUAUAUACUCGAUGCCUGGGUACACCUGUAGCAUCAAGGAGCGGAUGUUAUACUCCAGCUGUAAGAACAGGCUACUGGACGAGGUGGAGAGAGACUACCAGCUGGAAGUCACUAAAAAGAUGGAGAUAGACAGUGGUGAUGGUCUGACAGAAGACUUCCUGUAUGAGGAGGUGCACCCCAUGGAGCACACUUUAAAGCAGGCAUUUGUCAAGCCCCGUGGCCCGGGAGGGAAAAGGGGCAACAAACGCCUCAUCAAGGGUGCUGGAGAAAACGGGGAAGAAAAUUAG